AACCAGCCAGUCGUCAUCGGAUCAUCCCGGGACCACUUUGGCCGGUUGGGAAACUUGAGAGUGAGGUUUUUUUUACUCUACAUAAUACUGUUCUGUUCGAAAUGGUCAGUUUGGAAAUUUGCGCCGUUUGUGGUAUUCCGGCCGGUCAACGGUGCGGUGGGUGCCAGCAGGUGUCCUACUGUGGCAAGGACCACCAACGGCAGCACUGGAAGGAGCUCCACCGGAAGGAAUGUCGGUGCUACCGGCUCACCACGAACGCAACGCUCGGUCGUCACUUGGUGGCAACCCGACCAAUCCGCAGCGGUGAGAUUAUCUUCCGCGAAGCGCCAACGGUUCUGGGCCCCAAAACUGCCAGCGUUCCGCUCUGUUUGGGCUGCCACCGCAAUUUGGAUCCAAUUACGACCGAUGCUGGCAAGAAGUACUACAACUGCCAGCACUGCGGCUGGCCCAUGUGCAGUCUGAGCUGCGAAACGAGCUGUUACCAUCGGGAAGAGUGCCAGCUAUUCGCUUCAAAAGGCUACCGACCACAAAUUCGCUUCGAUGCGCUCGCUCCCAGUAAAAAGCAUUCAGCGUAUUGUACGAUAGUUCCUCUGCGUGCCAUUUUGCUCAAGCGAAAGGACCCGGCGCGGUGGGCACAGCUGGCAACACUGGAAUCGCACGUCGAAACGCGACAAACCACGCCACUGUACGCCGCAGUCCGGUCCAAUCUGGUGCCGUUUGUCCGGGAGGUGCUCAACCUACGCAACGAAGUCAGUGUGGGACAGCUAAUGGAAAUUGCCGGGAUUUUUGAUACCAACAGCUACGAAAUAAGGAUCCCGGAACGUGGUAUCAAGAUACGGGCGUUGUACGAACUGGGCGCCAUGAUGGCGCACUGUUGCCAACCAAACACGAAGCACUUUUUUGACGACGAGCUCAAUCUGGUGAUGAUUGCGGCCGUGGACAUUCCCAAGGAGGAAACGAUUUCCAUUUCGUACGCCCAACCCCUGCAGGCCACCAUCCAGCGUCGAUUCACGAUCAAACAGGCAAAGUGCUUCGAGUGUGGUUGCCAUCGAUGCUCGGAUCCAACUGAGUUCCGCACCUACGCCGGUUCCAUCGUCUGUCCGCAGUGCAGCAAAUCCAUGGUGGUGGCCGUCAACCCCCUUGAUUUCCGAUCCGACUGGAGGUGUGAGGACAAAAAGUGCUCCUACCGUGAGUCCGCCCAGCAGUACAUCACCCGGAACGAGGCAUUCCGUGCAGAAAUAGGCCAACUGUCCUGUGGCGCCGGUCCAGACGGCUACGAAUGCCUUCUUGGCAGGUUUCAAUCAUCGGACGUGCUUCAUCCCUGGAAUACCAAUGUGCUGCAGGUGAAGUACGCACUCACCCAGCUGUACGGGGGAGGUGGCCCAGGUGGAAUCAAUCUUAAAGAUCUUUCCGAGAAGCAACUGCGACGAAAGGUGGAACUCUGCGUAGAUCUGCUGGAGGUGGCAAAUCAAUUAGAACCAGGAAUGAGUCCGUUUCGUACGAAACUACUACAGGACUUACAUGCUGCUCUCGAGGCGAUGAAGAGCAUUUCUGGAAACUCGUUCGACAGCGCACCAGCCAUUGUGGUUCAACAUCCGGGCGUUUCUCUGAAAACACACAAAUUCAACGGCCCAGAAGCUAACGCUAGAAAACAUGGAAAGUGCAAAACUACUAUCUCAUCUCAUUCAACCAUGAAGCAGCAGUUGGAAUUUGUCGAGCAGGAGCUUUCCAGAAUUAUGGCAUGUGAUCCAACCCUCCGGAAGUCAUCAAAGGAUCUGUACACAGGAUUGACCAAAAUCCAUAAUUAGAAACCAUAUUCUCCUUUUGCAAGUAAACCAUAGAGGCAUGCAGAGCAGUGAUACAUUUUGGAGCAGCUUAUUGAUUUGUCCCUUUUCCCGUCUAAUCUCGGUCCACAGCCAAUCAGUCGAAAAUCCAACCAAGUCGACCCAUCUUUAGGUCGAUGGAGCUAAACUUUCUCUUUUUGUUUGUUUUAUCAAUCGAUCAAUCUAUGUUAAAUACGAUUAUUAAAUUGGCAAGCCUCUUUAUUUACUUUUUCUGGGCUUUGUAUCCAAAACCACCAUUGACAGUCGUUUCUUACGCAAAAUUGUUUACAGCAGCAAAUUUUGAACUGCAAUUAGUAGUUUAUGCAAAAAGUUGCAGAAAGAGGAUUUUUUCAGCACGAGUCGUACAUUUAUCCAACGAGGAUCACCGAGUUGAAUAAAUACGACGAAUGCUGAAAAAAUCUAGUUUUGCCAUGAGUUCCAUACAACAUUUUUUGCAAUUCCAAAAAAACACACACUGAGUGAAAUUUU